AUGAGCUCUCAACACUUUAUUCCACCUGUGAACUAUGGAAUGAUUGAAGAGGAUCUGUAUCGAUCCGGACAACCGAAUGAACUAAAUUUCCCGUUCCUCGAAAAACUUGGUCUAAAAACUAUUGCUUGGCUUGCACCAGAGGAACCCAACCAGAGAUUUCUUGACUUUAUUGACGAUCAAGAAAUUCAGUUACACCACUUGGGAGUAGUCUCGGCUGUCAAUGCAUGGGAUCCUAUUACGGAAGAGGCAGUUCUGCAGGCAUUGGAUCUUAUCCUGAAUCCAAGGAACUACCCUAUGAUGAUAAUGUGUAAUCUUGGAAGACACAGAACAGGGACAAUUGUGGGAUGUUUGAGGAAAUUGCAGAGGUGGAAUUUGACUGCUAUCUUUGAGGAGUACAGACGAUACGCAGGACCAAAAGUGCGCUUGCUGAAUGAACAGUUUAUUGAACUAUUUGAUACUGAUCUCGUGCGGAUUCCAACUAGUAAACCGUGUUGGCUAUAA